GCCAAGACCGGCUCCAUCUCCGCCGGCCAUCUUCCAUUCGAAUCUCCGACCAAAAAUAGAGACCAUUCCCUUCUUUCCCCAAGUCUCACUUUCAGUCCAGAUUCAUUCGCAGCCGCUUGAAAUUGAGAAAUAGAGGGAAUUAUCCCAUCUAUCCAAGAUGCCCGCCGGAAUUUUCAACUCGACAUACUACGGAAAGGACUACCGCGCCGGUGCGGCCCUCCUGCGUGCCCGCAGGCCGUACCUGGUUAAGAAUGCAGUGACCGGGUUGGCGCUUUGCGGAAUAACGGUUGGUGUUUACGCUUACACCCUUCGCGCCGUCGGCCAGGAAGAAUUCUCCGAUGUCCAGGUCCCUGACACCCCCGCCGAGCCGAAGAAGUGAUUGCAUAUGAACCUGCGUCUCUUUUCUGUGAAUGAGCGAGUGCUAUUUGGAUGUUUUAUGGGAUGAAUGGUGCACUAGGGUAAAAGGAGUAUACGGAGAAAAUUAUGCAUUCAUGUCAUUUUCAAUGGGAUUUGUUGUACGGAGAUACAAUACCCAGGCUUCUACAUGUCGAUAUCGGGGUUAGAAAGUCAACACGAGCCGCUGCGCACUGCCCAAAGGCCCUGGUAGCUUGGCACAAGAAGAUGGCUCAUACCUCAAAUACGAGACAUGAGACGAGAUGCCUCCCAGCUCCUUUGUUAUCUAGAUCUGUAUAGUAUGUCAUUGAUAUUCUAUCAAUUUGUCUGCUUCCAACUUGACUCGAUUUAUUACACUAUGGGG